AUGGCGAGCAAGCGGCCCGUGGGCCUUCUUUUCGACAUUGGGGGAGUGUGUGUGGUCUCUCCAUUCCAGGCCAUUCUCGACUACGAGCUGUCUCAGAAGAUCCCACCAGGAUGGGUCAAUUUCAGCAUCUCGCGCACAUCACCCCACGGCAGCUGGCAUAACCUGGAGCGGGGCGAGAUCAAGAUGGAUGCCGAAUUCUUCGCAGCAUUUAACCGAGAUCUACGGAACCCUGAUCUAUGGAAGCAGUUCCACGAACAGCUCCGAAGGAAGAAUGGCACAGACAAUGCGACACCUCUCCCCCCGCUGCCGGCAGUGGACGCCGAAUGGCUCUUCUGGGAGAUGAUGAGGAUCUCCCGCACCCCCGACCCUUACAUGUUCCCUGCUCUGAAGAAGUUGAGGGAAUCAGGGAAGUACCUGAUGGGUGCUCUCUCCAACACCACGAUUUUCCCCGACGGACACCCCUACAACGACGAUGUGGCGGGGGUCAAGUCUCAAUUCGAUUUUUUCAUCUCGUCAGCGCACACAGGCCUUCGCAAGCCCGAUCCGAAAAUCUACCAAGUCGCAUUACAGGAGAUGGACACCUUGGCCAAGGACCGAGGGUUUGCAGGCGCGAACCCGGCAGAUGUUGUGUUCUUCGACGAUAUCGGCGAGAACUUGAAGGCUGCAAAGAAAGCUGGGAUGCGCACAGUUAAAGUCACACUCGGGAAGACCCAGGAUACGGUCAAAGAGCUGGAGCAGAUCACCGGUCUUUCGCUCCUAGAGGGAGAUGAUAAGGCACGGUUGUGA